GUUGUGUGCUGUGCGAUUUACCGCUUGUGUGUGUAGAAGCGAGCGAAGGAGAGCGCCAGCGGUAACUUUGGGUCAGACAGACGUUUUCUUUCCUCUUGCUUAUCAACUCGAUUAGGACUUCAGAGCACUCGGGAGGCAAGUCUCGCCCGAAGUUUACUGUUUGGCUGGUCACCCAAGCGUCCACAGAGCCUCCUCGGUCCCUGAAGCCGCCGCUCACCCGGCCUCACUUCUGACGCACUGAACGAUGUCCAUGGCACUCAAGCAGGUCUUCAAUAAGGACAAGACCUUCCGACCCAAGCGCAAGUUUGAGCAGGGCACUCAGAGGUUUGAGCUGCACAAGAAGGCGCAGGCGUCUCUCAAUGCAGGCCUCGACCUGAAGCAGGCGGUGCAGCUCCCGCACGGCGAAGGGCUGCACGACUGGGUGGCCGUCCACGUGGUGGACUUUUUCAAUCGCAUCAACCUGAUCUACGGCACCAUCUGCGAGUACUGCACUGACCAGUCCUGCCCCGUCAUGUCGGGAGGCCCCAAGUACGAGUACCGCUGGCAGGACGAGUGCCGAUACAAGAAGCCCACGGCCCUGUCCGCCCCCAAGUACAUGAGCCUACUGAUGGAUUGGAUCGAGAUGCAGAUCAACAAUGAGGACAUCUUCCCCACCAAUGUCGGUACCCCCUUUCCAAAAAACUUCAUGCAGGUGGCCAAAAAGAUUCUGUCGCGCCUCUUCCGGGUCUUCGUUCACGUGUACAUCCACCACUUCGACCGCGUGAACAUGAUGGGGGCCGAGGCCCACAUGAACACCUGCUACAAGCACUUCUACUACUUUGUGAUGGAGUUCAACCUCAUAGACCAGAAGGAGCUGGGGCCUCUGAAAGAAAUGACCCUGCAGAUGUGUCACUGAGAAGCGCCGUGCCCACGUAGUGGCCUGGCGUGUCAGACCUCCGACCUGCUGUGUGACGUUAAGAGACCACUUGGGAGACAGAGAAUUUAUUUUUAUAUCUGUGUUUGUAUGUACAUAGAGUUCUGUCCAGUUGUCUGUUUUUAUAAUGGAGUUUGUCUUUUUAGGACAUUUUCGUUUUCUUCAUCUUUGCUCCCACUGGCGAGCAGGCGCCCCACUGACGUAUUUAACGAUGAGAGAGUCGCACCGACCAGUUUAUGUAGCCCACUCACUCCUGUUCUUGGUGACGGCCAAUGGGAGGAGAAGCGCAAGAGCGAGCUGGCGAUGGAGACCCUUUACGCUCGGCCCCUUUCAGAUGGGGGGCCGGCCCACCUUGAGAGCGGGUGGGACUUUUGGCCUCCUUCACCCAGAAUUCCCUCCCGAGAGGCCGUCGGGUUUACCUUAAUGACACAAAGGAAGGAUGACAUGUUGAGUUGUGUGCCAGUGCUGAUAUGGCAGCGCUCUGUUCUGUACGUGUGUGUGUGUGUGUGUCGCGUUUUUGUUGUUUGGUUCUA